UUGGGUGUUGCUGAUGCCCGGAGCCGACUACAACCUACCUAUACAGGCCAGAUGUCGGAUAAGUCCGUUUAAAGCCCGGAAUGUGAUGGACGGAAUCCAAAAUUAGCACGCACACAGAGGAGGUGAAAAGGCGAUUAUUCAGUGAAGGAUCACGUUACAUGAAGCUAAGGGGUGGCGACAGACACCAAUCACAGAAUUGUUAGUGAACCUUAUCAUCAUGGAUAGGUGCUGUAUAAGCAGCCCCCUUUUUUCCCCCUGUGCCUCUCCCUGGCAACAAAUCCGGAACGCUCUCUUUCUCCAACAAAUUGUCAAUUACCACCCAGUCUACUUUCUCCCAAGAUGUCGGCAACCCAGGAACCCGCGAUUGAUCUGUUUGCCGCUUUCACCAGCGACAGGCUGCUCGAGAUUCGCAGAGGCAAAAUGAAGCCGCUGCAGGGCCUCACCGUGUUGUCUGGAAUAGACAAGACUGUAUGUGAAGACGCUGUGCGGAUCGCAUCUGGCGGCAUCGAAGGCGACGAGCAUGAUUACACGUUUCAUGGCGGCAGGGAAAAGGCAAUUCAUGGAUACUGCUCAUCGCAUUACCAAGCCUGGCGGAAGGAGUUUCCGGAGGCGGCCGAGAAAUUCCGGCCCGGAGGCUUCGGGGAGAAUUUCGUGACGGCUCAUAUGAAUGAGCGCAACGUAUGCAUCGGUGAUGUCGUGGCGGUCGGCGAUGAGGUGGUGCUGCAGGUCAGCUUGCCGCGGCAGCCCUGCUUCAAGUUGAAUCACCGCUUCCAGCUCAAGAACUUUGCGCCAAACACGUGGAAAACGAGCCGUACCGGCUGGUAUUACCGGGUACUGAAGGAGGGAAGCGUGAGGGUGGGAGAUGAGAUCCGCCUGGUCGAGCGACCGAACCCGGCAUGGACGAUUGAGCGCGUGCAGGAGUACCUGCACCGCAACCAGGGCGAUCUUGCCAAGAAUGAGGAACUCGCUGCAAUCGAGGAACUCGGCCAAGAGAGCCGUGGCACUUUCGUAAAGAGGGUGGCCAAGGCAAAAUCCAAGGAAAAGAGGGCACAGAGUGGGGGAGGGGAUGCAAAGUGGAAGGACUACAAGAUUGUUGAGAGGACUCGGCAGACGCCGCGAAUUGCUUCUUUUGUGCUCGAGGCAGUUGAGCAUCAAGUCAAUCCGGAGAGGCUAAUGCCGGGAGCACAUGCAAAGAUUAAGCUGGGCAACGGGCUGACAAGGUGUUAUUCCAUCGUCGGUGGUGACAUCAACAAGCUCGAGUUGGGCAUUGCUUUGGGCGAGAACAGCAGAGGGGGCUCGAAAUACCUGCACGAGACAGCCCAAGUCGGCCACAUCCUUCAAGUCGGGUCGGUGACUGCAGCGGUGCCUAUCGCCAGCGCGGCCAGCAACCAUAUAUUCGUAACAGGCGGCGUCGGCAUCACGGCCUUCUUAGCGCUAGUCGAAGCAUACAAGCAGAUCAACUACGGCUGCGUCAUGCACUAUGCGGUGCGCUCGUCAGACGAGAUACCGUUCAAGGAGCGCCUAGACAGGCUGGGAGAUAAAGUCCUGCUCUACGACAAGCAGAAGGGCCAACGGUUGGACAUAGCAGCCAUCAUUGCCGGUAUGCCUUGGAAUUCCCACCUGUACUUUUGCGGCCCAAAGCGCCUGAUGGAGGAGGCCUCACGCGAGGUAAAGGCGAAGGGUAUUUCGGAAAGCGAAGUGCAUUUCGAGUCCUUCGAGGCGGAUAUCUCGGGUGAUCCGUUCGAGGUCGUCGUGGCCAACAGAGAACAUGCCGCCCUGAAGGUAGGUGGGGAAGAGACGCUACUGGCAGUCCUGCAGGAGCACUUUGAUGGUAUCCAGUCUUCUUGCGAGGUCGGCAACUGUGGGACUUGCAAGGUCACUGUCAAAGAAGGCUGCGUCGAGCACCGCGGAACUGCACUCGUGCAGGAGGAGAAGGCCACAUCCAUGCUGUCCUGCGUGAGCCGAGGGCUGGGGCGUAUUGUGAUCGACAUCUGACGGGGUCCCUUUAUAUAUAGGAAUCUAACGUCGCCGGCUAGAGGCCUGCAUGUCUGCAUGCUGGCACGGUGCAGAAGGGGGGCGUCUAUCUAUGAUUGGCGAGGCCAAUCUAGACGCCCGAUUGGGUGGCCAUCCCGGCCGCACACCUUCCUUCAUAAGCCAAAUACCUAUAUCAACACAGCGGCUGCUCAACCGCCUCGUUUCUAAAGCCUGGUCGCACACAUUCUUCUGCCGGUGUUGCAGCGUUCUUGAUUUGCUUCCGGCAAGCACACCAAAUAGCGGAGCUCCACGUCGUUGUCCUCUAACCUAGACUCGUAAGUCGGACACACAAAAGCCCUCAGCCCAGCCCAUGCACGAUGUAACGCCUGCCUGCCUCCACCACCGCCGCCAACCGGCAAGUAUCCGGCGGGGAUAGAAUCGGCGCUCAGAUA